AACCGUGUCCUCACCAUUCGCCCUUCACCCCCCACCUUCCCCUUCCUCUCCUCGCCGCCUCCCCGCCGAUCCUCCGCGAGGAACGCCAAUAAACUCCCCUCUAUCUGCCGCCAUCGCCUGCUCCAGGCUGCGGUCGAAGGUGAGGCGAUCGCAGGCGCCUGCGGUCGCGGCGUCGGUCGCCGUUUCCCAGUCGGCCUCCGCAUCCGCGUUUUUCUGAUCGACAACUUCUCUCCCGCGCUCCACCCUUCACUUUCGCAAGGACUCCUCAGUGUUAUAAUUCUUAUGAGAUCGUUUUUUACGCGGCUAGAAAAAAUGAAGUAAAAACACUCCACAGAGAGGUUGGCUUUGACAUAAUUGAGUUGCUUUUGAAGCAUGGAUGAUACAGAACAGGCUGGCAAUGCUGGAGAAGCAAAAGAUGUGGAAAACGAGCAUCAAAAAGACAGAGGUGAAAAGGUUGAUGAUCAGAAUCAAGUGGAAAAUGCUGAUCCACAACAUGAUGAGAAUGGAAAGGAAAAGGAGCAAUCACUAAAUGACAUUCUAAAAGAGAAUUUCGAGCCAAAGGUCGGAAUGUUGUUUGACAGUGAUGAGCAAGCGUAUCAGUUCUACAACGAAUAUGCAAGAAGAAUUGGCUUCAGUAUAAGAAAGCAGAAUAUGACUCGAAGCAAAUCUGGAGAGAUUAAAUUAAGAAGAUUUGUUUGUUACAAGGAAGGUUAUUAUAAAGGUAGUCCAUUUGAUAAGGAUGCAAAGUUUUUAAGGACAGAUGUGAGGACUGGUUGCAAUGCACACAUAGGCAUUAAACGGUUAAAAAAUGGUAAAUUUUGUGUGCAUCGAUUUCAGCCAGAACACAAUCAUAAACUUGCAUCAUCAAAGAAGGUGCAUUUGCUAAGAUCACAAAGAGAGUGGAAUGACUCCCAAAGAUCACGUGCGCAUGUAAUGACUGCGGGGGUAAAUUCUCUGUCAACAUCCGACUUUCUUUUCAAUACUAGUGAAGGUCAUAAGACACUUCCUUUUACUCCUAGUGGUUUCCAAAAUUAUUUGCAUGGGCUUCGUCAGCAUGAAAUGAAGUUGGGUGAUGCUGGAGCAAUAACACAUUACUUACAAAAGAAGGCUGCUGAGGAUCAACAGUUUUACUCGGCCAUACAACUUGAUAUGAAAGAUCAAAUAACAAAUGUAUUCUGGACAGAUGCUAGAUCGAAGUUCGACUAUGAACACUUUGGUGAUGUAGUAUGUUUUGACACAUCCUAUAAGAUAAAUGAUUAUGGCAGACCAUUUGCACAGUUCAUGGGGGUGAACAAUCAUAAGCAAACUGUCAUUUUGGGUGCUGCACUAUUGUAUGAUGAUACUAUGGAAACUUUCAAAUGGUUAUUCACAACUUUCCAAGAGGCAAUGAAUGGAAAAGCUCCACGGGUAAUCUUAACAGAUGAAGAUGCAGCAGUCAUAGAAGCCAUACAAGAAGUCUGGCCAAACACAACAUAUCGGCUGUGUGUCUGGCUUGUGUACCAAAAUGCAGUUAAGAAUCUAAAUCAUGUCUUUCAAUCCUCCCCAAGUUUUGAAACUGACUUCAGCAGAUGUGUUUAUGACUAUGAGUACGAAGAUGAGUUCAUAUCAGCAUGGCAAAAAAUGUUAGAAGAAUACAAUCUCACAGAUAAUGCAGUGGUUGUCCAAAAUGUUUGAAGACCGGAAAAAGUGGGCAGUGGUGUAUGGAAGGGAAAUAUUUUGUGCUGACAUGAGAAGUACCCAGAGAACCGAACACAUGAAUGGUGUCAUAAAAACAUGCUUAAAUCCUGACAGGGACCUUCUCUCUUUUUUCCAGCGCUAUGAGAGGCUCGUUGAGGAUCGGCGUUAUAAUGAGUUAGAAGCCGACUUUCAUGCUAUUCAGUCAACCCCUGAGGUGCCUCUUUCACGGUUGUUGAAGCAAGCAGCAUCCAUUUAUACACCUAAGAUCUAUGAGAUGUUUAUGAAGGAGUUCCAGUUGUAUGUGGAUUGUGUCAUAAAAAAUUGUGGGGAUGAAGGGUCAGCUUCUGUAUAUGAGGUUACCAAUGUGGAGAAACAAAGGACAACCUAUGUUAGAUAUGACCUAUCAAAUGACACAGUUUCUUGUAGUUGCAAGAAGUUUGAAUUUGUUGGUAUUCUCUGUUCACAUGCACUGAAAGUUCUUGACCAUAAGAAUAUCAAGGAAAUUCCAGAAAAGUACAUCUUGAAGAGGUGGAGGAAGGAUGUGAAGGUUGGGCUAUCAAUAAACUAUUAUGAUGGUUCAUCUGAAAUUGAUCCUACAGUUGCUAUUGCUGGUCGGUAUACCUCUUUAGGACAUGUUUAUGGGCAGAUUAUGGCAAAGGGCUCAAAGUGCCAAGAAGCAUAUGCUGUUGCCAUAGAGGAAGCUGAAAAGCUUAUGAAAAAAUUGGAUCUUGCUUUGCAGAAUAGAGCUCAUGAUACAAUAUCAUCAGAGUCAUCUGAUGAUCAAGUUGAAAAUAUCAUUGUGGGAAACAAGGAAAUUGGAAGGUUUGCGAAUCAGAAGGCAACUAGCUUUAAAAAGGAUAAAGAACGCCGUCGUUAUAGGGUUAAAUGUGCACUAGAGAGGAGUACAGAGAAAAAAGCAAGAAAAGGUCUGUCUACUGAUGCAGCAGUUGGAUCUGGAACUGGUGCACUGAUAAGGAUUGACUCCCAGUUGGCAGCCUCUAGCAAUGAGUAUCAACAAUGGCCUUCUGCGAGAUACUUAUCACUGCAAUUUCCUACAAUGGGUGGUCAGGAACCAUUGGUUUCGAGUUCACCACAACCACCAUUUUGCAUUACCAAUCAAGCAUAUCAGAAUGAGUCUGCUUGUAUUAUGUACUCCCAAUCACAGGUUACGAGCAGUUUUCUAGCUGGUCCUUCAGAGCAAUGAAAACAGUGAGAAAUAUGCAUGCCUAUAAUUAGGAGUUAUAUAUUGGUGGACAUUUCAGGCAGCUUAGGAUUACUGAAAGCAAAGAAUCUCUACAUCAAAAAGAAAACAAAGAAUGUCUGAAGUAUGGAUUGAUGCUAAAUAUGGGAGAAUGACUCACCUGCAAAUAUGAUAUUAUGCUGUAAACUACCUAACACAAUUGUUGAGAAACAUCACUUUUUUUGAUAUAUAGAACUUUGAGUCUCCUCUAUUUUCUUGGUCUCUUGAAAGAACCGAUAUUGUGUCCUUUUCAUCAAGUUGUGUACUUGGUUAUUGGACACAAAUGUUCAAGUCAACUUGUUUGGCACAUGCAGUCUGCUGUGCUUGUACAGGAAUGAGCAGCGCUUGAUGUAAUCUCUAUACAUGAGAGAUGUCUAAUGUACAAGUUCACUUAUUAACCGAUUGUGGGUUGAGGGUGCUCUCUGUUGCUUUGCAUCUUUGCUGCUUAGGAUUUAGUCCGUCUGAUGGUAAAAUUAAUUCUCUAUCAAUGUAUAAGCAUAACAUUUUUGCGACUAUUUGAUGAUUAUAAGUCAGAAAUCUGUGAAUUUAUUAA